CGUCCGGGUCCAGCAAACUCAAUCACCAACAACGGAAAAAAGUCACCCCUAUUCCCAUCACAUAAACCGUGCCGUGCUUACGCUUCUUCAAAAGGCGCAGUCGUAUAAUGGUAGCCCCAAAAUGGCACUAUCGUGACAUGAAAACCCGCGGCGUUGUCAGGUCCUUAGGUCCAGAACGUGUCUCGACCAAUCUCGGCCGCUUCUAUUGGUGGAAGCGUAAACCUCUCCACUGGAACUAACCUGGUCGGGUAGCAUCCGAGAAAAUACGCCUAGCCACUUCAGAAAUCCCUUGAAACUCGGUACAGCAGUAGCGCUGUUGAGCUGGUUGGUGCUGGUUAUAAUUAUCACCCCGUUGGACCCCUCUUUUUCGUUCCUCGGAUUCGAGAGACUGUAGACACUGCGUUCGAGGGAUAUAUCAUGGAGUCGAGGCUUACUUACAGUGAUGCGAGUUCGUCGGAGGAGGUUAUUGUGAGGAGACUUCCUCCCAGGGUCAUUUUUAUGCGACACAUGAAGACCAAUUGGCUCAAGUAUGCGACGGGUUUGUUGCUCAUACUGUCGACCAGCCAGUUAAUCUACAUCACCCGUCUCGGCAAGGGAAUGGUCCGUAUACCAAACGACCCCUACGAUUUACGAUUCGGCCACCUCAGUCACGAUAGUCCUGAAAUUUGGGACGAUAACCAUCAAUCAUUCCUCCGAAGCGCUCGUCCUGUACCGGUCCACUCGCAUAAUGAUUACACACGGCAUAUCCCACUAUUUGAAGCCCUCGGCUCUGGGUGUAUCAGCAUCGAAGCAGAUGUUCAUCUACGACAUGGCAAUCUUUUUGUUGCGCAUUCGCGAUUGAGCGUGAACCCUCACCGAACGUUACAAGGAAUGUACCUGAAGCCCCUCCAACGCAUGUUGGAAGCACGCAACGCGGGAGUAAAGGAUGAUGACUGGCAAGGCUUCUUCGAAAUGGCACCCAAGCAAACCGUCACGCUCCUCGUCGAUCUCAAAACAGCUGGCCCGGAAACAUUCGAUGCGUUGAAUGCCCAACUCCAGCCUUUGAGAGACCUCGGCUACUUGACAUACUGGAACGGCACAGAGAGAAUCAUCCGACCUCUCACUGUCGUUGGUACCGGAAACACUCCCUUCGAGUCAGUCUUGGCCAUGAACUCCACGCAUCGCGACAUUUUCUGGGACGCCAAGCUCGAGAGUCUCGUCUCGACAGGCGAUGACUUCUCAACAAACCCUCCCACAUACAAAUACAACCGCUCCAAUUCAUACUUUGCUUCAACAAGAUUCGAGAAUGCUAUUCUCUACAGAUCAAACUUCCAGCGCGUACUGGAUACACCGCCGUCAAGAGAACUGGACAUGGCAUUGACGCAGAUUGAGCAGGCCAAGGCUCGUGGCCUGUUGGCGCGGUACUGGGACACUCCCUCAAAACCACCGAACGUGAGGGAUAUCGCAUGGAGGGUGUUGAUAGACAACGGUAUUGGAAUCCUGAAUAUGGAUGAUAUGGGGCUUGUGAGAGGGAGGGCCAGAGGUUGGGGUGCAUUGGGCCGUGAUUAUCUUUGACAUAGCGAAUUGCUUUAUACCCUGUUAUGAUAGAUUAUACAUUAAAUUCCCGAUUUUUAAACUGUUGACCACUUUGACCCUCG